AUGUUCAGCGUAUCGAAAAAAAAAAACAAACAUCAUUCAUUUUCUUCUUCAUCGUUUUUUUGCACAUCUUUCCCGAUAUUACAUUCCGCUAACUAUAACGUGAACACCGUUCGGACUAACGCUCCCAAUCUACAACAUAGGUCUGUGCAUCUAACAAGUUCUCGGCAAAGGAAGUCACGGUUCUGGAGUUCUGGUCGCUUUCCGAUGAUAACCUCAACGAUCUGGUACUCUGCGAAGCAUCUUGCCUCUGUUAUAUUUAACUUCUCUAGAGGCCACCAAGUAACAUCAGCAUCACCUCAAGCGUCUGCAGCAGAGGCGGCUAGCGGCGGCGGCACCACCGGCCAGCAACGAAGAAAAAAAAUUAUUUCAGUUUGCUUACUGCUCGUCACGAACAACAUUCUCAUUACGACGAGGCUGGACCCUCGAUUCUCUACUUCUUGUCGUUGUCUUCAUCUUCUUUUCUUUCUCCGGCAUCAUCGCCGCCUCCUCCCCCUCCUCCUUCUCCUCAUCGCUCCUAAGAACGGCAGCAGCAGCAGCAGCAGCCUCCAUACCACUACAGCCAGCUCGGAGUUCCUGUGGCUCUAUUUUCAUACACAAAAUUUGUGGUGGUGA